UUCACUCUACAAGACAAUUAUUACAAGUUGGUCCGUCUCCGGUCAUGUACCUGAGGAAAUCAGUUAAUGCAUAUGCAGGGCCGAGUGAACAUUAUUACCGGGGUGCUAGCUGGGUGAUGGAAACAUAUUUUGGUUGAGCCCCCCCUCCCCCUCUUUCGGGGCCUUGACGGAGAUUAAGCAUGCUACGGGCAAUGGGGAAUUAGUUCACUGAGAACGGUCAAGUCAUCCGAUCAUGAUGCAGCGUGGUCUUGCCAAGUUUCUUCAAUUUGGUAGGAAAGUCAACAAUUUCCCAAGAAGUCAUGUCAAAUUCUUCAGUCCACUCUACCUCAGUCAUGCAUAUGGAAAACUUACAAGAACUUUCUCAACUUCAACAACAAUUUUCCAGGAGGAGAAUCGUUGGUUGAAUGUUGAUGCCACUGUGGAUGAAAGGCGUAACAUCCAAUCAAAAUACUUUAAAGAAACAGACACUGGUGGGUUGUCUGCUAUGGAAUAUCUGAAUAGUCUAGAUGAAGACGACGCUAAGAGGUUAAAGGUCAUUAAGUUGGAGUAUGAGGUUGCUUUGGCUUCUGGUGAUUUCGUCCCCGAGGUGAUGACGGAUGAGGACUGGCUACAGGCUUGGGAUUGUAAUGGUAGGACACAGAGGAGGAAGCUUUAUAGAUAUCUUGGAAAGUGUGAAAAGAUUGAACAGAAAAAUAAACGAUUGAAAGAGGAGCGGAGAAUAAAGGAAGAGACACGGGUGAAAGAACAGCGAGUGGAGAGUGAUGGUGGGUUCGUUUAUGCUGGUUCUCCAAAGAACACAUUGAUAUUACGAAUAGCAGACAAACAAAUGAACCAGCAUCAUUCAAAAAGAUGUUAUGAAGCCCUUCAGUUUGGUGAAAAGAUUAUCUUUGAUAUGAGCUAUGAUGACUUGAUGCGUCCAUUUGACAUAACAAACACUGUUGAUCAGGUUUUAGAAGCGCAUGGUGUAAACAAACUCUACCGAGACCCUUUCUAUGUCUAUUUCUGUAACGCUAAACCAGACGGCAGGUUUGUUGAACGAUUACGCAAAAGUACUCAAGGUGACUUCACGUAUUACCCCUUUACUGUGACUGAGAAGAGUUACCUGGAUUUAUUCCCAAAAGAGAACUUGGUUUACCUGACGCCGAAUGCUAAGGACUAUUUAAGAGACUACGAUGCAAACAAAACCUAUAUCAUCGGAGGACUAGUUGAUAAGGUGGUGACGAAGCCAGUCACAAUGGCAAAGGCAAAGAGGGAGGAACUCACAAUGGCCAAGUUACCCAUUGACCUUCAUAUGAGGUUUAUUAUGGGAAACAAGAGCCUCUGUUUGAACCAGAUCUUUGGCAUAAUGUGCGAGCUGAAGAAGACGGGAAACUGGAAAGAAGCAUUCAAGUAUAUCCCCCGACGAAAGGCCGUCUACAUUGAUGAGACGGAGGAAUUCGAGAGGCGAACGGCCAACCUUCAUAUGAAGAGGCAAAAGUUGAGGGCUCGUAGAAUGGGAUAUGAUAUCUGAUGUAUCAAAGACCCACCAAUUGGACAAGUGAUUUCUAAGAGACUGUUGGAAUGUCAUUAACUUUUGUACAUGUACGUAUAUUGGAUGUACGUGUUGUUUCAAAUUGUAAAGUUCAAAUGUAACGAAUUAAAAAACAGAAAUUUACGCUUAAUUUCAUCUGCCAUCAUGUGAAGUACGACAAAUGCAAAAAAUAAAGGUGGUCAAUUGUAUCCUA